GUCCAGUCUGAGGGCCACGACGCGACCGCAUCUUGCCGGGGCGACUGUCCCGUAGCCGUAUUGAUGGCCGAUAUUGCGCGCUCUGCGGAGCGAUGUUGGCCGACGACGCACACACUGAAGCCGUCAAAGAGUCUAUUCUUGCACGGCAAGAGCCCUCCGCCCAACUCCUCGUCAGGAACACGUUCAAUUGAACGAGCAGGCCACACGGCCUCCUUCUCAGUGACCCCCGAACGACAGCACUUGCGACAGCCGGAUCAACGAGAGACUUCUCUACACUCCACCGCACAUUCACCAAACACAACCGUGACAUGCGGAAGUGAAGCUCGCAGCAACACACGACACCGCACACCUCACCGGCUCGCAAGUGGCACAGCCGACCGUCGCUCUCCACCCCACGCCGCCGCGACCACCAUCAUGCACAGCCCACGGACAGCAGAAACGCGGCAACUGCCGUCGCUAAAUGUGCAUAUAGGAGUCAGCGCAGAUGAUUCAUCCAAACAGAUGGGCCUGAAACGCAGUGCCGCGUUGACCGCGAUAUCUGAACGUCUGAACAACCACUAUAUCACGAACAGCGGGCUAUUUCAGCUCGCGGAGCGAAGGGGGCCAUGGCCGGGCAUCACACGCGCGGGGUUAGCACGAUAUACACGCAGGGAAGGCAUCAGUCAUACUAGCUCGCUCCCGAGCCGAUCGACAGCGGGAAUCCGGGGCAAGGGGACAGAUAUCGUUCGAUGGAUAUUGGCUCGCGGUGACUCCGCCGCGCGUCUCCCCGCACGAUCCCCGCAUGUAUGCGGGGUAAAGGGGCGUCCAUUCAUUCGAGCCAUACGAGGAAUAGCAUGGUACGGCAGCGGUUACUGCGUCAUCAGACGGAGUGGAAUGAGACAGAACGUUGACGCGAUACGCUCGAUAGACAUUAGUGGCCACACAUGCGCUGGGAUGUGUGACAGCGCCGCUGCUGCAAGGGGCCACAUGACCAAUUGCCGUGUUGCUCUGGUACCAUGUCGUGAUACCUCCGACAGCCGGCCUGGCCAAGGACGAGAGCCGACAUAUCCGCUGGCCGCCCCCGUCACGCAGCGAGUGUCACGACGCACCGGUCUUCUAGCUGAGUGGCGUCCUUCCGAGCGCGAUGCGUCAGGAAGCACCAUCGUGGGCAGAAUGAGACGAGAUUGGAUGCGGAGAUUGGGGCAACGAACGCGAAUCCGCGCUGCGGCGAGUGCAGAAUCAAAUCUGCGCCACUCACGCUUGGGAUCUCAGCGUAGAUCAAGAGCACGUCGAGCAUUCGCACGCAUGACCGACCCAUCGCACCAAGACACGACAGGAACGGAGACACGCACACACACGACAGGGACGAAAAUACCACGUCCAGUCUAG